AUGGCGACGCAGGACCCGGAGGCUGGCCGGCUGGCCGAGCAGGUCGCCGCGCUGCGGUGGCGCUGCCUGCACGCGCCGGCCGACGACGCCCCGCACGACGACAGUCCAGCAGGCGCCCGGACCGGCAGCACCGCCGCCGCCUCCGCCGCGGCUGCCAUUAUCGCGCUGCCGCCGCCGCCAUUGCUGCCGCCGCAGCAGCCGAUCCAGCGGGAGCCCCCAAGCUUUGGGGAGCAGCUAUUCGCCCUGGAGCGUCGCUGGGGCGCCCUGAGGAAGCUGCUCGAGGCGCCGCCCGACAUCGGCGUCCCGGGCAUCGGCCGCGGCGCCGCCGCGUCGCCGGCCGGCCUGCUGCGGGGCCUGCUGUCUGAACUCUUCCGCGACGUGGAGGCGCUGUGGCUCGACGCCGGCCGCGAGCCGGCCGCCUACAGCCUGAUGGAGGCCGUGGCCGACGCCGCCAUGGAGUUUGAGACGGAGGCCGCCGUCGCCGCCGCCGCGCGCGCGGCUGGUGUGCCGGCGGGCGGCGGCGGCGCGAGAGGCGGCGCGCUGGAGACCGCCUCGGCGUUUGGGGUCGCGCGGGCGGCGGCGCUGGCGGGCGCCGACGGGGCACGGCGCGUGAUCUUGUCCGAUGACCUCUGGCAGCAGUGGGACACUUUUGCCGCGCGGACGCGGGCGCAGGAAAUUCUUAGCCAGGAGCUCGAGCAGGCGGCAUUUGCAGCGGCGGCAGCCCUGGAGGCGUCCGUGCUGGAUGCCGCCACAGACGCCUGUGCGCCUGCAUCCCCGAUGACGCAGGCAACUGUGCCGCUGCGCGCCGCUGUCCCGGCAGCAACAUCACACCUGGUGUCGGCUGACCUCCCGUUGCCACUGAUUGGCGCGGCGUCGGCCGCAGUGGACACGGUGGCCGGGGUGGCGGUUCUGGGUGCUGCGAGCAGCCAAGCCAUCGCUUUUGUGGGCAACAAGCAGGCGGGCAGCUCCAGCGCAUGCAGCUCCUCCAGCGACUUCACCGCUGCAGCACACGCCCCACAUGCAGAGAGCAGUGCCCAGGGGCGGCUCGACGACGGCAAGGCCAUCACAGCCGCGCCCAUGUCGAGGCGGCAGCGCCAGCGGGAGCACCGGCGGCUGGGGCAGCAGCAGCAGCAGCAGAGUGCGGCAGCCAUUCCCGACGCCGCCGCUGCCACCGCCGCGCCGCACACUGCUGGCCAGGCGGUGACGAUGCAGCAGCAGCAGCAGCAGCAGCAGCAGCAGCCGCAGAGGCCGUGCCGGCACGGUGCCAAGCGCAGGCGCGCAGCCAAUGCGGCGGGGGCCCAGCUGGAAGCGGCCGCGCGCGCCAUCGCUGGCUGGCGGCUGCAAGGCGUGGCCAAGCCGCGCGCACGCGUGGCGCGCGGCGAGCUGCAGCGGCCGCGCGACAGCAGCCUUCGGGGGACGCUGCUCCGCGCAAUACUGCGCGUGGCGCGCGCGGCUGAGGUUGUGACUGCUGGCACCAUUGCGGGGGCCGCCCUCAGCCAUGCCUUCUUAGCAUGA